GUCUCUGGUUUCUGGCCCCUUGUCUGCAGAGAUGGCUCCCAAUGCUUCCUGCCUCUGUGAGAGCUUCACAAAACUCAUUCAUCUGAAGUUGUUAAUGAUCUAACACAUUACAUUAUAUAAGAAAAUAUGCACUACGGCGAGAACCUGGAAUUAAGGCAAUGCUUAACACAGAUCUUCCAGUGAAGAAAUGUCUGCAAUAUCUAGAUUGGGAAAAUAUUUCUGAAUGGAGUAUGAGGGAGGUCUUCUCAGGCUUUCAAGUGGCCAUUAGGGGUGCAUGUCCGUUCCGAGGAAUGGGAUUUAAUGACCUUUGAUGCCAACCCAGAUGACAGCGUGAAAAAAAUCAAAGAACAUGUCCGGUCUAAGACCAAGGUUCCUGUGCAGGACCAGGUUCUUUCGCUGGGCUCCAAGAUCUUAAAGCCACGGAGAAGCCUCUCAUCUUAUGGCAUUGACAAAGAGAAGACCAUCCACCUUACCCUGAAAGUGGUGAAGCCCGGUGAUGAGGAGCUGCCCUUGUUUCUUGUGGAGUCAGUUGAUGAGGGAAAGAGGCACCUCCUCCAGGUGCGAAGGUCCAGCUCAGUGGCACAAGUGAAAGCAAUGAUCGAGACUAAGACGGGUAUAAUCCCUGAGACCCAGAUUGUGACUUGCAAUGGAAAGAGACUGGAAGAUGGGAAGAUGAUGGCAGAUUACGGCAUCAGAAAGGGCAACUUACUCUUCCUGGCAUCUUAUUAUAUUGGAGGGUGACCACCCUGGGGAUGGGGUGUUGGCAGGGGUCAAUAAGCUUAUUUCUUUUAAUCUCUUACUCAACGAACACAUCUUCUGAUGAUUUCCCAAAAUUAAUGAGAAUGAGAUGAGUAGAGUAAGAUUUGGGUGGGAUGGGUAGGAUGAAGAAUAUUGCCCAACUCUAUGUUUCUUUGAUUCUAACACAGUUAAUUAAGUGACAUGAUCUUUAAUAAUGUAUUACUGAGACUAGUAAAUAAAUUUUUAAGGCAAAAUAGA